AUGGACACCAAGGCUGUAAGUGGAAAAGGCCAUAUUCUGGAGGAUGUAAACAAGUGCAUCCUUGCACUCAGAGAACAGGAUGCUGAUGGUUUAGAUCGUGCAGCCGGUGCCAUCCGAGGGCGUGUUGCAAGGGUGGUUCAUAUCGUCUCUGGUGAAAUGGAUAAUUAUGACCCUGGGGUUUAUACUGUACGAGUGAUGAAGAAUGUUCAGUAUCUGGCAAAUACUGUAAUUCCGGAGUUUGAUGCUCAAGUGACUCUUGCACUGGAGGACUUAAGCGGGAACACAAUGCAUCAGUUUGAUGAUAAUCAGUUUGAGGACAUCUCAAAGAAGAUCUAUGAUACAAUUCGUGACACCAGAUGUUCAGUCAUGAUGAUUCGAACGCCAGAGGAACUGGAAGAUGUGUCGGACCUUGAAGAAGACUAUGACUCACGCAGCCGUUCCAGCGUUCAACCAGAAGGGAAAAUUGACAGGGCUAAGAUGACUCAAUUGCCAGAGGCUGAAAAAGAAAAGAUAGCCGAGCAAGUGGCUGACUUUAAGAAAGUCAAAAGUAAGCUUGAUGCAGAGAUUGAAAUAUGGGAUGAUACCAGCAAUGACCUCAUUGUUUUGGCUAAGAGGAUGUGUGUGAUUAUGAUGGAGAUGACAGACUUCACAAGGGGAAAAGGCCCAUUGAAAAAUACAUCUCAUGUGAUUUAUGCAGCAAAAAUGAUUUCAGAGUCUGGAUCCAGGAUGGAUGUGCUAGUACGACAGAUUGCCAACCAGUGUCCUGACCAAUCAUGUAAACAGGAUGUAUUGGCUUACCUGGAACAGAUCAAGCUGUAUUCUCACCAGCUCAAAAUCUGCAGUCAAGUUAAAGCAGAAAUUCAAAAUCUCGGGGGGGAGCUCAUCAUGUCUGCUUUGGAUAGUGUCACUUCACUAAUUCAGGCUGCCAAAAACUUAAUGAAUUCUGUGGUGCAGACAGUGAAGAUGUCCUAUAUUGCCUCUACUAAGAUCAUCAGAAUACAAAGUCCUACUGGCCCACGACACCCUAUUGUGAUGUGGAGGAUGAAGGCUCCAGAAAAGAAACCCCUGAUUAAAAGAGAGAAGCCAGAGGAAAUCUAUGCAGCUGUCAGAAAAGGUUCUGCUAAGAAAAGGAUCCAUCCUGUUCAAGCUAUGAGUGAAUUUAGAGGAGGAGAAAUAAUCUAAAAUUACUAUUCUGGCAAAGUGCACAUUUCGUACCUUACAAUUGCUAUAUUGCAAUGUUAUUUUUCCACUUAUUUAAUUCUAUAAGUAUGCUAAUGUUUGGAAAUUCUCUUCUUCUGUAUGUUUAACAUUAACUGUAGGUUAUUUCAUCAUUUAAAAAGGCAUUUAAAACAAAUAUUUGAUUAGUUAAUGGCACACAAUUUAAAAUAAUUUUAAAAAAAAUUAUCUUACUGUAUUGCUCACUUUCUUUACAAUGCCUUUUUUUGCAGCCAAGCAUUUUGAGUGAUAGAUUUGCAUGCUGUGUUAUAACAAGAGCUGGCUUUCAUGUAGUUGAAAGGCAAGGCACAAGGGGCCAAAUUCAUCCCUGGCAUAACACUUGACUUCGGUGGAGUUACACCACAGAUGAAUGUGCCCUGGUAGUUUUAUAUUCAGAGCUCUUUAGGGCAUACAGUCUUCUAUGGGUAGGCUAUAUUGGGCCACCUCCUUGGCUGGCAUAGAUAAAAGGAAAUGAACUGAUAUACACCACCUAGGGAUCUGGCCGAUUCACUUGCCUUCAUUGAAGGGCAUUGUAAAAGAUUUUUCAUAAAUGUUAGGUAUAAAUAUAAAUGGAAUAUACGUUUUAAAAUAUUUGGCAGAACAAUGCAUUGUAAUAAUGCAAUGUAAAAUUGAGCUGAUUGUAAUGAAGCUAUAGCUAUAGUAAUAAAUCUGAAAUAUAAAGACUAAACCUUUGAAACUUUAAUCCACAUUCUGCUUCCUAGCUAAUUCUGUUUGGGUAUGUCUACACGGCAUGCUUAUUUCAAAAUAAGCUAUUCCAGAGGAAAUACUCUGAAAUAGCUUA